AUGUCUGUCAUCGGCCAUUUCAAGUACCACUCGAGGAUGAUGCAGCUCUACGAGUUAGCAUCAGAUAGCAUUCCAAAGAUAUUGCUCAUGUCAAAAGAGCCUUUAGAAUGGAUUGCAGGCGGCCCAGGGGAGUGGGAUGACACACAGAAGAGCCUCGAUGAUCGACAUUAUCCAAAGACCCUCCUCAUCUUCCGCUCAUCCUCCGUUGGUGUACCAUUGUUGCUUCUGCAUCCUCCUGGUGACCACGACACUGGCUGGCUUCUUUGGCGUGAUUCUGAUGAGCGCUACCAUAAUCAUGGUCCGGGAAGGGUGCAGCUUAGGUGGAUUGGUCAAAACAUGCAGGGUGCAGGGCUGGAAGAGCAGGAUUGA